GGAAAUAAUAAUGAAUUCCAACUCUUUUGUCUUCCUGCUAGGUUUAACCGCUUCAGCUCAUUGCUGGCCUUACAGCGGGGUUAUCUCCAGUGUUAAGGAGCAUAUGACGGAGGACAUCAUUCAGUGGAAGGAGCAAGUAGAGGAAGACGCGAAGCUCAUCCACAACCACAUCAAGGAUAAUAUACAAGCAGUUAUGAGUGGUGAUCCUUACCAUGCUGUCAAGACAAUCACGAAGAAUUACAUCGAGCUCGCCAAGGUUAUUGCAGGACAUGCAAUGAACAACUCUUUCAAAAUAGCACAUGACCUCAAGGAAGAUGUCGAGAAACUCAUCGCAGAAUAUAAUUCCGACUCUACCACAACUCAACCGGAAACAGAAUCUCCAGUUAAACCGGAAACCGAGGACCCAAUAGAAUCGAAAACGUCAGAUGAACCUGAAACCGAAACUCCAAAUGAACCGGAAACUAAAGAUGAAGUAGGAGCUGAGACUUCUGAUGAUCCGAAAAAUGAAACAUCAAAUCAAUCCGAAACAGAUACAUCAGAUGAACCGAAAACUGACAUUUCUGAUGGGCAGGAAACCGGCACAUCAGAUGAAUUCGAAAAAGAGAGUUCAAAUGAAGCUGCAAUAGAGACUUCAGAUGAACAGGAAACAGAAACUUCCGAUAAACCGGAAACAGAGGUUUCAGACGAAAAGAAUACUGAAGCUAAAGGUAAAAAUCAUGCCAAAGGUAGCAAACAUGGUAAAGAGCACAAGCAUGCUAAAGAGAAACAUCCUAAAGAUGAAAACAAAUCUGAUGUUAAUUCUAAACGCAAGAUGAUGUUCCAGACAAAUAUGCAAGUAUCUUUUAAAAACAAAUUCCGACGAUGA